GCGCCCGCUGUCAGUUGGCCCGAGCGGCGGGCGCGAGAGGGGUGUCGUUGCGCAUGUUCGCGGAGCUCUCGCGACUGCAGGCGUCGCUCUGGUGUCACAAGAGAUCUCCUCCCCCCUACCCCCAAUAUCUCCCGUUUUUUAAUUCCCCCCAAACGGUGGUGUUUUAUUUUGGUUUUUCCCCUCUCGCUUCUUCUUCUUUUUGCGCAAGGCGAAAGGAGGGAAGAAGAGGGAGGGAGAAGAAGAAGAAGGAAGACCCGAGUCGGAGGCAGGCAGGCGGGCAGGGUUGUUGGCUCGCUGGCCCUGAGAGGACGGCUGAGGCGCGAUGCCCGUCGUGCAGAAAACCGUGUCCGAGCUGCGGUUCAGGGCGGAGGGCUAUGAGAAGACAGAUGAUGUUUCAGAGAAGACCUCACUAGCUGAUCAGGAGGAAGUGAGAACUAUAUUUAUCAAUCAACCACAAUUCUCUAAAUUUUGUAACAAUCACGUCAGCACUGCAAAAUACAACUUAAUCACAUUCCUGCCGAGGUUCCUCUAUUCCCAGUUCAGAAGAGCUGCUAAUGCCUUUUUUCUUUUCAUUGCAUUGCUUCAGCAAAUUCCAGAUGUUUCUCCAACUGGACGUUAUACAACAUUGGUUCCGCUCUUAUUUAUUUUAAUUGUAGCAGCUGUAAAAGAAAUAAUAGAAGAUAUUAAAAGGCAUAAAGCUGAUAAUGCUGUGAACAAGAAGAAAAUUCAAGUACUGAGAAAUGGAGCUUGGGAAAUUGUGCACUGGGAAAAGGUAGAUGUUGGAGAUAUAGUUUUAAUUAAAGGCACAGAAUAUAUACCUGCUGAUACUGUACUACUCUCAUCAAGUGAACCACAAGCUAUGUGCUACAUUGAAACAUCAAAUUUAGAUGGCGAAACCAAUCUAAAAAUACGACAGGGUUUGCCAUUGACAUCGGAUAUCAAGGACAUUGACAGCUUGAUGAGACUUUCAGGAAGAAUUGAAUGUGAAAGUCCUAACAGACAUCUUUAUGACUUUGUGGGAAAUAUCAGAUUAGAUGAGCAUGGCACUGUUCCACUGGGUCCUGAUCAAAUUCUUCUGCGUGGAGCUCAGCUAAGAAAUACGCAAUGGGUUCAUGGUAUAGUUGUCUACACAGGGCACGAUACCAAACUCAUGCAGAACUCAACAAGCCCUCCUCUUAAACUAUCCAAUGUUGAAAGAAUUACAAAUAUUCAAAUUCUGUUUCUGUUCUGCAUUCUCAUUGCAAUGUCUUUGGUUUGUUCCAUUGGUUCAGCUAUAUGGAAUAAAAAACAUGAGGAGCGGGACUGGUAUAUCAAUUUAAACUAUGGUGGCGCUAAUAAUUUUGGACUGAAUUUCCUGACCUUUAUCAUUCUUUUCAACAAUCUCAUUCCAAUUAGCCUGUUAGUUACACUAGAAGUGGUUAAAUUUAUUCAAGCAUAUUUCAUAAACUGGGAUAUUGACAUGCACUAUGAACCUACAGACACUUCUGCCAUGGCUCGCACAUCCAAUCUCAAUGAAGAACUUGGGCAGGUCAAAUACAUAUUUUCUGACAAAACUGGCACCCUGACAUGCAACGUAAUGCAGUUUAAGAAGUGUACUAUUGCAGGAAUCGCUUAUGGCCAUUCUCCUGAAUCAGAGGAUUAUGGCUAUGCUACAGACGAGUGGCAGAGCUCACAACCUGGAGAUGAAAAAAUGUUUAGCGAUUCAUCAUUACUGGAAAACCUCCAAAACAAACAUCCAACUGCACCUAUAAUUUGUGAGUUUCUAACUAUGAUGGCAGUGUGUCAUACAGCAGUUCCAGAAAGAGAGGAUGAUAAGAUCAUUUAUCAAGCAGCAUCUCCAGAUGAAGGAGCAUUGGUUAGAGCAGCCAAGCACCUCCAUUUUGUUUUCACUGGAAGAACACCAGACUCUGUGAUUAUAGAAUCUCUUGGACAGGAAGAAAGAUAUGAAAUGCUAAAUGUGCUAGAAUUUACAAGUUCUAGGAAAAGAAUGUCUGUGAUUGUCCGCACACCUACAGGAAAAUUAAGACUUUACUGCAAAGGGGCUGACACAGUAAUUUAUGAUCGCCUGGCUGAAAAUUCAAGAUACAAGGAAAUUACCCUGAAACAUUUAGAGCUGUUUGCUACAGAAGGCUUGAGAACACUUUGUUUUGCCGUUGCUGAGAUUUCAGAAAAUGACUACCGAGAGUGGCUAAACAUCUAUCAAAGAGCUGCAACUGCUGUACAAAAUAGAGCGCUGAAACUUGAAGAGAGUUAUGAACUAAUUGAAAAAAAUCUUCAGCUACUUGGAGCUACAGCCAUAGAAGAUAAGUUACAAGACCAAGUGCCUGAAACAAUAGAAACUCUAAUGAAAGCAGAUAUUAAAAUUUGGAUUCUUACUGGAGAUAAGCAAGAGACUGCUAUUAACAUUGGGCACUCAUGUAAACUCUUGAGAAAGAACAUGGGGCUACUUGUCAUAAACGAAGGCUCUCUUGAUGCAACAAGAGAGACAUUAAGCAAUCAUUGCAGCACUCUUGGUGAUGCUUUGAGGAAAGAAAAUGAUUUUGCUCUUAUUAUUGAUGGUAAAACACUGAAGUAUGCAUUGACAUUUGGUGUAAGGCAAUAUUUCCUCGAUUUGGCUCUGUCGUGUAAAGCUGUUAUUUGUUGCAGAGUUUCACCUCUUCAGAAAUCUGAAGUUGUAGAAAUGGUCAAAAAGCAGGUAAAAGUGGUAACACUGGCAAUUGGAGAUGGAGCAAAUGAUGUUAGCAUGAUACAAACAGCACAUGUUGGUGUUGGCAUUAGUGGCAAUGAAGGGCUACAAGCAGCUAAUUCUUCAGAUUAUUCAAUAGCUCAGUUCAAGUACUUGAAGAACUUACUAUUGGUCCAUGGUGCCUGGAAUUAUAGCAGAAUUGCUAAAUGCAUCCUGUACUGCUUCUACAAGAAUAUUGUCCUUUAUAUUAUUGAGAUAUGGUUUGCAUUUGUUAAUGGAUUUUCUGGGCAAAUACUGUUUGAAAGAUGGUGCAUAGGACUUUACAAUGUGAUGUUUACAGCCAUGCCCCCACUGACUCUUGGAAUAUUUGAGAGAUCCUGUCGAAAAGAAAAUAUGCUAAAAUACCCCGAAUUAUACAAGACUUCUCAAAAUGCCCUGGAUUUCAACUCUAAGGUUUUCUGGGUUCAUUGUUUAAAUGGCCUCUUCCACUCAGUAAUUCUGUUUUGGUUUCCACUAAAAGCCAUCCAGUAUGAUACUGUAUUUGCCAGUGGUAAAACUUCAGACUAUUUGCUUUUGGGAAACACAGUAUAUACCUUUGUAGUAAUAACUGUGUGUUUAAAAGCUGGAUUAGAGACUUCAUAUUGGACUUUGUUCAGCCACAUAGCAAUAUGGGGCAGCAUUGCACUGUGGAUAGUAUUUUUCGGAAUCUACUCUUCCUUGUGGCCUCUAAUUCCUAUGGCCCCUGAUAUGUCUGGGGAGGCAGUUAUGAUGUUCAGUUCUGGUGUUUUCUGGAUGGGCUUACUAAGCAUUCCGCUGACAGCUUUGAUCUUCGAUGUAGCAUAUAAAGUAGUGAAAAGAGCAGCAUUUAAAACACUGGUAGAUGAAGUUCAGGAGUUGGAAGCAAAAUCUCAAGAUCCAGGAGCAGUUGUUCAUGGGAAAAGCUUAACUGAAACAGCUCAGCUACUGAAAAAUGUCUUCAAGAAAAACCAUGUCAACUUGUACCGCUCUGAGUCUCUGCAACAAAACUUGCUUCAUGGUUAUGCCUUCUCUCAAGACGAAAAUGGGAUUGUUUCACAAUCGGAAGUAAUAAGAGCCUACGAUACUACAAAGCAAAGACCUGAUGAGUGGUGAAGGACUAUGACACUGAGCCCUAAUACUUGCCAUAGUAUGGCAAAGUAAUAUAUAUUUCCUGGGUCUGCUAGCAAGGUCCAGCAACAGAUUAGAGGAAGAUGUGUGUUGUUACUCUUAUUCCCUGAAGUUUGAGUUCACAUACUGAGUAGACAUAAGCACUGUGCAACUAUACUGUAAUACACCAUCUCCAAAUUUUUCAACAAGUGUUACUUGGAUUUUGUAAGCAGAGAUUGAAAAUAGCUUUCAGCCUUUGCCAACUACUUAUUUACAGUGAUGCUGAAUACGUAACGUUCCUAUAUGUAUAUCCGGGACAUAAUGAACAGCCAGAUUACUCGACAUAGCAUACAUUGACAACCAUCGCCUUUGCAAAGGUUUGCGAGCGGUGAAUUAUUUAAAGUACCUAGCCUUUGAUUUCAACAAGUGCUAAAUAACAAUUUUUAAAUAUUCAUUUAUGUGUUGAAGUAAGAUUUCAAAGCAAGACAUUUAAAGGUACACGUGUCAAACUAGCCUAAAAAGUUUGCCAAAGAAUUUCCAUAUUUCUCAUCUUAGUAAUCAUUUGCGGAGAAAUUUUAAAGGGUGGCGACAUCAAGUGUGAUAUAAGCAUUGCAUGCUUGAAACUCUGUACUUGAAAAGUUUUACAAUAAUGUGAACUUGAUACUGUUUGCUUUGUAUUGCAUUGGUUUUUCAGAUCUGUGGUCACUUUCACCUUUGGCCUUAUACAAGCCUUUCAUUCAUGUUCAUUUAACAGAAAUGUGUACAUUUAACACAGCAGCCAUUUUCUAUGUAAGGGGCAUGUGUCUUUGAAUUAUAGACAAAUGCUGGUCUGCCUUAUAUCCCUUCCUAAGGACCUGAUCCAGGGAAACCUGUACACAGAAAUGGGCUGUUUGCAAAAGUGUUUUGCUUCCCUGCCACCAUCCCCAACAUAGCACACUUUCAUUUUAAUGGGACUGGUUACCUGUAAGGCCAGACAGAAAGGAAAAGGUGGUGACUUGACUUCAGUUUCCUUUCUGACAAACAGAUAGGAAAGAACCAGCCAUGUUGCUCAUUGUUCACACCUGGUGCCGGAGCACCAUGCAUGAAUCCCAUGUGAGUUUUCUUCCCACGCUUCUUUUGUGUUUAUAGGACCCAAAUCAAAAUGUUGUAUCAUGCACACAUGCAAAUGCUUGCUCUUACUUCAUUGGAGCGGUAGUGUACUUGAAAAUGCUGGUUUUAAUUCAUACUUAAGUUGCCAGAGCAACUUGCUACAAACAAAGUGAUUUAUUUCGAUGGGUUUCACAAGAACGAGGAACCAGAGUCAUCAGUAUUGCACUGCUUUCUGUUUGCACUACAAGACAGUUAUUUAGUCUUGCUGUCAAAUAUAUGUGUACAGUCCCAAAUUUGAUUUAAAGUAGACUAUGCUGAAGUUUGAGGAUUUUAACCAAUAUUUCUUUUUUUAGGUGUAGAUCUUGAAAGGCAUAAGAUUUAAAACUGCUAAUGAAAGCAAGGAAAGUAAACUAACAAAAAAGGUUUCAUACUCUAAUCAAGAAUGUGAGAUUUCAACUUCUCACCCCCCAAAAUAUUGUAAUUCAGUAUUUUUAAAUAAGUUCGUCUAAUCAGGAUGAGAAACAGAAUCUGAUACAAUACUGCAAAUUAAUAUAUGCUCUGCUGUGAAGCCAUUUAAAAGCUGUUUCAGUAUGUCUAAUUUAAAAUACAUAUUUUAUAUAGUAGGUUUCACCUCUGAUUUGAGUGCACUGUACAACUGUUCUACCUGUAGAAAGACAAAUAUAAAUAUUCUUAUAAAUGAAAUAUUUGUAUGCGAUGGUCCAACUUUUGAAAAGCAAAGUUUCAUCGAAACAUUGUAUUUAUUAAAUGACGUAGAACAUUUUAUAUACUUGUGAUACACAGUUGCACUCAUUCAUAAUGGCAAGGACACUGUUCUUUUUCACGAGUGACAUUUAAACAGAAAAUAAAACUGAAGAAAAAAGGAGUCCAAAAGAGAAAAACCCUUGCUGAAAACAGCCUUGCUUCCCAUCUCGCAGCCCAAAAUUGCCUUCAGAAAAGCUACUUCAGGCAUAGAUAAUGAAUGAAUCGGCAAGGAGGGCCAAAUCACUUGACCUGGAGCACACACAAAAAUUUGGGGCUUGUCCUUUCUCAGUGAGACGUCUCCUUCAACAGAUUUCCCAAGUGAACGAUUAAAAAUGAUAAUCUUUUUAGAAUUCUUAAGUACAAUUCUAAGCAGUGCAUAUUUCCUUUUAGAAUCAAUGAAUGAAGUCGAUCCGUCGUGAUUCAGCAGAAACGAUGUGCUCAUUCAUAUAACCUGUUCUUUGCUUCUGGCCCCAUGCAGCCUCUUAGGGCAUCUGAAAGCAGUAAUCAGAAAAGAGUGUCUUCUCCAUUCAUUUCCCACACCUAGCCAAGCAGUCAGAAUUGACAUGCACCAUGUAAAUCGUGGGUGCUGGAUGCAGGUGUGUCCCCUUCCUCCUCUCCCUGAAGCAUGAAAUGGCAGUUUGCAUGCAAAUGACGCAGGAGAAUGAUCUGCAUGCAGAUACCUAUUUCAACGCACACGCAAUCCAGUUACCUCAAACAGUUCUCCCUUGCUGGAUCAAGGUGAAGGCAUAGGUAUCACAUUAGCGAUAGGUCAGGAAACUCUAUGACCACCCUUAUUUGCAAAACAAUAGACACAAUAGGUACUCAUUUUGGCUGUCAUUGCUGCCUAAAAGUAGACUGUUCUUAGCACAUUUUCUUCAUCAUAGGAUUUUAAACUCUCAGUGAUUAUGUUACGUCUUUUAUUUUUUAAAAAAAUAAUGUUUAGUUUUCUAAGGAAGAUGUAGGCUUAUUCAGCUUAUCUUGGCUAUUCUGAAUAACUGCUCCACAUCUUAAUUUUUCAUUUUUGCCCUUCUGAAUUAAUCUUUGUUCUGAUGUCAUUUAACUUUUAAAAAAUACUAUUUCUCACACACUGGAUGUCAUAUUUCUAAUGGCAGUCAUUAUCACAAUACCCGAAGAUUGUGUGUUUGUUCUGUCUUUAAUAGUUUGCUCCCCCCCCCCCCGAUAUUAAAAUCUAAAUAAAAACUUGGAAUUCCUAAAGAACAUAACACCCAAUUUAAACAAAAGUCAGGACAUACAAUACAUAUGUUAUUUGCAAACAAACACAUUUCAUAACAAAAGGAUAUAUAAGUGGCUUAUUAUAUUAUAAUAUAGGAAUAUAUUAUAAUAUAUAUAUAUUUGGGACUACUGGUUGGUAAGCAAAAUGUUUUAGUAAACAAUUACUCUACUCAAGUUACAGUACUUUACUAUAAUGUACUUGUUUUGAAAUUCUAAACUUUUACAUUUCUCUUAAUUAAAUCCAGAAAGGAAGUUGUAUGUUUUGUAUGUAUUAGGUGUAUUGUGCAACAAUUUCACGCUAAUUUUUUUUAAUAAAAUCAUUAAUUGAAUGAAAAGGUGCCAUUCAGAGAUCAACGCCUACAUAUAGGUAUUAUUUUAAUUACUUGUGAGAAUGUAGUAACCAGAACAUCAGCUAAUUGGAAUCACUUUGAGAAGCCAUAAGUGGACUUGUUUUUUCUUAGUAUUAGAUUUAUUUUUGCAGAGAAAUUUUGACAAAUUUAUAAGCAACUUUCUAGUUGUAUAAAAAUAGAGGAAAUAUUUAAACAAAUGCAAUGGUGAAAGAUUCCUGUUGCACUGUCUCACAUGGGAAGACAUCUGUUUUCAUCAAUUAAUUAAUUUUGAAUUGUUUGCUUAGAGUCUUGGACCAUGUAUUUAGCUCCCCUCUUUUUCUGCCCAUUUAUGUAUUGUGCAAAAAACAGGUGUCGUUCUAGUAAGUUUUAUCAAUCUGUCUGCAUGAGUUAAAACGUCACAGUGUGAAUCUGAGCUGGUGCAUGUCUGUGCUGUAAAGCUCAUGAUUUCUUUUUCCUUCGGUUCAAACAUGCAUCAAACCAUGUGUGUAUUGGUAAGCAAAAGCAAGUGUUGGAUCAACAACUGAAUUAACAACUUCUCUCUAUUAGUACUGAAUGUGAACUCGGAAAAUCAUACACAAGUUGACCAAGGGUAGCAUUCCAAAAUUUGUGCACAGCCCACUGAACUAAUUGGACUACUCAAACAGUAAGAGAACAGUAAAAAGAGGCAAUCGAGUCACUUUGCGUUUUAUUGGUUGUUCCAACACAGACUUUUGCAUCCCUUCAAAUAUUUUGUAACUACGAAACCGUGGCCCGAAUGUGUAAAAGCAAAAUCAUGUUUCCGUGUUUUUUCUUGUUCUACAAUUGAAGCCAUAAUACAUGAAUAUUAGUUUUCUACUGCAACUUGAUUUUCAUGCUGUCUUGAAAGGCACUGUAUCAAAAGACUGCAUUCAAAGCAAAGUAGGACUUUCCAGCUCCACUGAACCAUUACUGCUGAAACUGCUGUGGAAUUUGUGAAGCUGCAUGAGUGAAGAGAUUUUGACUCCGUGUUUAUGGUAGUUUUCCUCAGGUUUCGUUUUAAAUGGAUGUCAAAUGCACUGUUUUAUAACGUUAUUAAAUUUUAGUAAUAUAUUCAGUUCUAUGCAGUGUUACAUGUCAUUGGCCUUUUGUGAAUGUGCAUGUUUUGAACUGCAAAUUUUAAAUGUUUUGUCUUCUAAUUGUUCAAAAAUAAACCUUGCCAUUAAAUAAA